UUGGUCGUGACAACCGCCAGGAGUGAGGAGCGCACAGUUUCCCGUCCAAUUUUUGUCUCUGGGAUGUCUCAGUCUGACAGCCGAGGCUUGCUGCUGGGGGCACUGGCCGGGGCAGCUGGUGUGACUCUGGCCGUGGUCUGGUACCAGAGUCGGACCAGAACCAGCACCACCAGUUCCAGCAGCGGCGGUGCUGCCAGUAGGAUAGUGGCACAGGAGCUGUUCCUCACCAGCAACGACCACCAUGCAGGCGGCACCGUGGCCUUGGCUGGGCAGAGGGAGGUUCUGGACCGGCUCGGGGCACUGAUACAGUGUGUGUCCGAACUCAAGGAAGAGGUGCGUGCUCUGAAGACGGCGCUGCCUCUGCUGCCAGACCAUGUUCGAGACGAGAUGGCGGGCGGCUCGCGGCGCCUGGAGUCCCGCAGAUCCACGCCCACCCGCCGGAGACGCUUGGCGGGCAGCGCUGCAGCCAGGCAGGAGGGCCAGAGCUCGGAGGAAUGGGAGAGCGAGGGCGGCUAUAUCACGGCCAUGACGGAUUCGGAGGACGACGAUGAUGAUGAGGAGGAGGACAGGAGGCGAGUAGAGGCUGAGGAGGAAGAGGAGAAGGAAGAGAAGGAGAAGGAGCCGGACGCGCUGACUGCUCUGCUGGACAGAGCAGAUGCCCUGCAUGAGAGCCAGGAGGAGAAGGGGGGCGCCCUGGGGGCACUGCUGGAGCAGAAGGAGCAGUUUUGGCAGAGCUAUGCGUUCAUGUGGAGGCUGGCACGCGCCUACUCUGAUGCUCACGAGAAGGUGCAGGACCGGGAAGAGAAGAAGAACAUGGCGGAGGCAGGGAAGAAGGCCGGAGAGGAUGCCAUCGCACUCAACCCCAACUGUGCAGAGAGCCAUCAGUGGUUUGCCAUAUUGUGCGGCCAGCUGUCGGAGUACGACUCCAUCCAGAACAAAAUCAAGAACGGCUACCUGUUUAAGGAUCAUCUGGAUCGGGCCAUAGAGCUGAAGCCCACAGACCCACUCUCCUACUACCUGCUGGGACGCUGGUGCUACGCUGUAGCACAGUGCACGUGGAUCGAGAGGAAGAUCGCAGCCACUCUCUUCGGCGAGCCGCCCAACGCCACUGUCCAAGACGCCCUACACAACUUCCUCAAGGCUGAAGAAAUCUCUCCACAGUACUCAAAAUCCAACCUCGUCUUCCUUGCGAAGUGCUAUAAGGACCUGGGGCAGAAACAGAAAGCCAAAGAGGUGUGUAGCACCGCCUCCUGCAUAGAGAACAUCUCUAACGAGGAUGAUGAGGCUCAGAAAGAACUGGACACUCUUCUUCCAUAUCUUUAGCCACUGAACAUGUGGCCUCCCAAGACAUCAGGACCUGUCAGAUCUCACUUCUUACCUGCGUGGACCUCCAGCUGUUUCCUGCCUGACCGAGGCACGCGGGUCAACGUGAAGAACAUUUUUGAAUUUUUUUGUAACUAAUUGUUAUAUGUUUUUGUUUUGUCUUUGUCUUUUUUGUUUUGUUUUUUGUUUUUCUUGGUCAGCUUGAUUGUUGUUUUUUGCUUGUUAGCAAGAUUAUUGUUGGCAAGUUAUAUCAACACAUUUAGGGGUGCUUUAAUGGUAGUUCAAAUACACUUGAGGUUAUCUAGAUACACUACUUAUAUAACAGAGUCCCUGUUUACACAUACACGGGUAUUUUUAAAAACAGAGACUUUUCCCUUUGUUUGUGCCUUUGAUAUAACAGAGAUUCUUCUAGAGAUUUUUGUGGAGAUAUUUGAAAACUGUCAUAGUAAUUUUAAUAACUCUCAAUAGCCUAUUUAUGCGAAUUCGCUCCAAUGUGUGAACAAAGAUAUUUUGGAAAACGGAGGGAAGAAAAAUGUCCGUUAAUCAAAAUACCCGUCUAUGGCUAAACAGAAUGAAACUGUUAUGAUAUGCGUAACAUGUGCGCAACUGUUAUCGUGUGUGUAUGAUUGGAUGUCAUGAAACCCUGAGUGAGGAAGCCCUGGUGUGUCUUGUACAGAAUGUGCAGCCAAAGAACCAGUACCCCAAUAUGGCUGACAUCAACACAACAAAGCACAAACAAGCAAAUCAAUAAAUGCUCUGUGGGGUUUCUUGGUAGCUUGGCACUGACAGAACCAGGCCUAAGGAACCACAGGGAACGGUUCUUUUACCCUAAGGGUACCCAUGGAUACUCCCGUAAGUGUCCAGCACUGAACAGGGCUCACUGUGUGGGUGGUGUGGUGUGGUGUGGUGUGGUGUGUUGUGGUGUGGUGUGUUGGUGAAAACAGUUAUUGCCCCCUGUCUCCUCUCAUUUGCCACGACAAUCAUGGCCGUUCCUCUUACCCUCAGCAGCGUGUUUUCAUCUCUAAUGACCUCCGGACGACAACAACAACAGAAAUAACCGGAAAGAGAUUAAAUAGGCGAUUGACCCAAACAAUGGGGCAUCCAAACAAGGCUUUAGGUUGCAUGGCCCUCACAUGACCCCCUCUCUCUGAACACCCCCCCGCCCCCUUCUCUCUCUCUCUCUGUCUCUGUCUCUCUCUCUCUCUCUCUCUCGCUCUCUCUCUCUCUCUCUCUCUCUCUCUCUCUCUGUGUUGUUGUGCUGUCAGUCAUCCUCCUCUUCCUCUCCUCUCUCCCCUGGUCAGCUGCUCCAUUGACAUUAGUGGCACCUUUGUCCCUGUUGUUUUGGGAUAAAGAGGCAGUGUCAUUCAUUCAGCAGUUGACCUCCACCUCCACCGCUGCCGGGGCCACCCAGUCUGCCCUGUGCGCCCUGCCCUGCCCUGCCCUGCCCUGUGUGCCCUGUGUGCCCUGGCCUUGUCUGGCCUGUUUGUGGGGUAACAAGCGGCUCUGUCUCAAUUCAAUGCACACCAGAACCAACAGCCUGCAAUUUCAUUCUCGGCUACACCCUCCAAGUAGUACUAAUACUGUUGCUACUGCUGCUACUGCUGCUGCCAUAACCCCACCCCAUCCCACCACCUCUUGCCCUCCUGACCGCUAAUCCCAAGCCGUGGAGGAGAACGAAGGAGUGGAAGCACCUCGUCUGACAUUUUAUCCUUUUCUUUUCUUUCCAGUUCUUGGUUCUUGUUUUAAGCUAUGCAGGUGCUUUUUUCCUCACUUUUGUUGUCUUUCUUUCUCUUUUUUUGUGUCUUUCUUUAGAUACGAUGAUCUAUUUUUUUAUUUUUACAUUCCUUUUGCCUCAUCACAUUUUCAUCAUGUGGCAGAUAUCAUUUUGCUUAUUAACACUAUUAUGAGUUCUUAUUGCUGCUUAUGUAACUCUGUUAUUAUUGGCCGUCAGGUGAUGAAGCUCUGAUUUUAUGGACAUGUGAAAGGGAGAAGGAAAAAAAACAAUAAUAACUCAAUACUAUGAAAAUGGACUUGGUUUCAGUAUGAAUGUUAAUCUGUUGUACUGUUGUGUAUUUAAAGGAAUAUAUAUAUGAAAGGGUGAAUGAAUAUUUGUAGAAAGAAUCUUGAAAUUUAACGGAACUGUGGAACUGUCCGUGUUUUUGGUGCACCUGAGACCAAAUCGCAUGCAAAGCGUUAAUAACAUGAAAGAAGAUAUUUUAUAUCUGUAUAAUGUUUAUAUUUUACUUGGCCUCUUUCUUUCCCCUAUGGGUUUUUAAUACAUUGCAAGAGGAAUGUAUCUGGGGUAGUAUUUUAAAAUGAUGAGCUGCAAUACUGUACAACUUGUACAUUAACAGAUAAAAAGAAAUCUAUUUACAAAACACAAAUGUUAGCAUUUUGCAGUUGAUACUGUGUUAAGUGGUAAACGUGUAAUGUAGUUACAUUUGUAGGUCACCAUUAAAAUGUAAUUCAUCCUUCA